UGAUCACGUUUUGGACCCCUUUUGACAGAUAUCUUUGAGUCAGAUAACAAUUUGGGAUUUCCUCAGUAACCUGGAUCUUUCAAAUGGAAAUGAGUAUUCGAUCGAGUCGAAACUCUGCAAGAUGCUAUUAAGGAUCGUUUCCGCCAGCUUGAUAAUAAUCUCGAUCGUUCAAAACUCACGCUUUGGCAGCUAUCAGUGAAGUUUGUCGGACAUUUCUUAAAUUGUACCUAAUCAAAAAUUGGGGAUAACAGCUUCUUAUAUGCAUGUUGAAUUAUCUAAGUCGUUUUAUUCCUAACUUACAUGCCGCAAAAUGCGUUCGAAAAAAGACCAUAGGUCAUAGAAUUCACAAUGCCAGCUGGAGUUUAGCAGGGUUAGACAUUGUGUCGGGCGUAUCUGAGGGAUCUGAGUUUUCUGCUUGAAAAACGCUCAGUUUUUCGCAAAGGGUAAAGAAAAGGAAUUAAGUCAUGUUUACGGUUUCGCAACGAGCAAAGAAGAUCGAUUUAAAAAGUUUCAAUUAUUCAAGUAGUGCUGGGCCUGUGUAACUAGCGGGCUGGUAGAGCCAGCAAUGCUGAGACCCCCCUGUACAACUAUUAAGUAUAGACACAGUGAAAUGGAAAACACGUCUAGAUUUGUUAAGGUUUGAAGUGGAAUGAAGAAUAUUUUAUUUUACACAUUACCUUGGAUUGCUUAGACUUGUUAGUUUAGGUUGCCAUACAGCAUUGGUCGGUUGCUAUCCAACACCCCUACUCAACCGAAUAACCCUAACUUGGUUCUUAGCGUCUCGAACGGUCCCCGAGCUAGUACUUUGGUAAACAGGUCUGCCAGCUGGUCACUUGUAGAAAUGUACUGGAUCUUGAACGUUCCGUCUUGCAGCUUUUCUCGAAUGGAAUUGUAGCGAAUAUCAACAUGUUUCAUCCCUUUGUGAUCGCGUGGCUCUUGGGCAAUGCAAAUACAUGACUGGUUGUCUUCAUGGAGAACUACAGGAUGGCCCAGCUUGAUUCCGAUCUCGACAACAAGGUUUCUCAGCCAGAUAGCUUCACAGAUAGCAUGGCUGAGGUACACGUACUCGGCUUCAGUUGAAGAUAAAGCGACGGUACUUUGCUUGCGGGUCAUCCAGGAAACUGUUCCAGCGAAGACUUGGAACACAUUACCCGAGAUUGAUCGCCGGUCAUUCGGAUCGUUACCCCAAUCAGCGUCAGCAUAUCCUUCCAGUGGUGCUGAUUCUUUUUUCCUUCUAAAAUUCAACCCGUGGUCUAUGGUUCCCUUUAAAUAACGUAGAAUGCGCUUCAGAUGAUUCUAGUGUACUCUAGUGGGUGCAUAUUGGUACUUGCUGAAGAAAUUAACAGCAGCAUUGAUGUCCGGCCUCGAAGAUAGCGCCAGAUAAGUCAAGCAUCCGAUCAUCUCACGAAACGGUUCUGUGGUCAAAGGUCCACUUUUACAUAGUUCCAGUUUGAGGUUUGGUUCCAGUGGCGUCGGUGCAGGUUUGCAUUCUAUCAUACCAAAACGCCGUAGUAGAUCAUUCACGUACUUCGGUUGACUAAUUUUCAUGGUCCCCUCGGAUAGAUCUCGAUCGAUCUUGAGUCCCAGGAAUACCUUCAAUUCACCAACAUCAGUCAUCUCGAAUCUCGCUAAUAACCUUUUCUUUAUUUAAGCGAUUAUAUUCAAGCGGUUUGAUACCAAAAUAAUGUCGUCAACGUACAACAAGAGAUACAUAACACUCUCCCCUUCUCUCCAUAUGUAGAGACAGCUAUCAAGAGAGGAACGUUGAAAACCCAGCUUGAGAACAAAAGAAUGAAACUCUGAGUUCCAGCUUCGGGGAGCCUGUUUCAAUCCAUAAAGAGAUUUCUUCAGGCAACAGGCGAGCCCAGGAUCAUGCUCGAAUCCUUCUGGUUGCCACAUAAAUAUCUCCUCCUUCAGCUGUCCAUUUAAGAAUGCGGUUUUGACCUCCAUCUGGUGCAUGUAGUACUGAAUUUGGUUUGCCACCGCCAACAGCACACGCACCGUGGUUCCCUUUGCUACUGGUGUAUACGUUUCGUCGUAGUCAUAGCCCUUGCGUUGAGAGUAACCCUUGGCGACCAGGCGGGCUUUGUACCUGUAGACGUUUCCAACUUCAUUUCUUUUGAUUUUGAACACCCAUUUGCAAGCGACGAUGUUCUUUCCUUGUGGUUUUGGAACGAGCUCCCAAGUUUUGUUCUUCCGUAGUGACGUCAUUUCGUUGUUGAUAGCCUCAUUCCAUUGCGGCCAAUCACUCCGGUGACGCAAUCCAUCGAUCGUGGUUGGUAGGUUUUCCACGAAAGUCUCAGCAUUCAACGCAAAAGCUAGCGCGCAAUCGUCACGGUCUUCGGAAUUUCCUGUAGAACAAUCAGCGGCAGUAGAUGCUCUAAAACCGGUAAUGAAGUCAAGCAACUUACCGGGAAGCUUGCGCUCCCAUCCGCUUUGCCUCGUCGUCACAUCUGCUGGGCGGUGGACACGUUCUGGAUACGAAGGGAGCGCGACAUCAGCAAUGUCAUCAGCAUCAUCUUCAUCGGAUGUCAUGAUGUCUUUUCCUUCGCCUAGCUCUUUUUCAUCAGACUGGGACACGGUUAUAUGGGAAAAAAGCGAUGGUGUUAUUUUUCCGCUCCCAUGCACUUUUCGUGUUCCUUAUGGAUCCUAUAACAACAGUGUAACUUUUCAGAUCGAUCGGUGAAACGCCCGAUUUGCGCCCGAUUUUUAAAGUUUUCAUACGAUUUUAUAUGGGAAAAUUCACUUUUUCAAAACUGGUUCUCUAUAAAUUCCCGGUUGGGUCCUAAAAUAUAUAUAUCGAUACAUUAUAUUUGUAGGAAAUUUUCCUGGGAAAAACUCUUCUGAGAACUGUAAGGCACUACGAUGCUUGCAUAAACAGCUAUUCACCCCAAACUGAUUGAAUGUCUGACGGACGGCUCACCAUUAAAUUUUACUAGCAAUACUGCUGCAGCAUGCUGCUGUUGCAAAUUCAACCAUGUGAUGAAAAAUUAUAUCGCUUAAAUUUAUCUUGGAGGCUUCCCCGAAGAUACUAUGAGCAAAAAUCACACUUUGAAAAUUAAUUCCACGCAAAAUUUUUUCUCAUACUUAAGCAAGUCUGCAAUAGCAGCAUGCUGUAGCAGUGUUGCUGGAAAAUUUCAAUUGUGAGCCGUCCGUCAGACAUUCAAUCAGUUUAGGGUGAAUAGCUGUUUCUACAAGCAUCGUAACGCCUUACGGUCUUCAGAAGAGUUUUUCCCAGGAAAAUUUCCUACAAAUAUCAUGUAUCGAUAUAUUUUUAGGACCCAACUGGGAAUUUAUAGAGAACAAGUUUUGAACAAGUGAAUUUUCCCAUAUAAAAUCGUACACUCAAAAUAAUUUUCACGUCAUAAUUACCGGAAAAGUUAUGUGAAUAUUUUCCACUGUCAUUUUCACGUAGAUUCUACGUAAUUGUCAUUUGAGUUCAUCAUGAUCUGGUGAAAUGAUUUAUCCUAUGAAUCUUAUACAGCAGACAUAUGCAUUUUAUGUGACUUUCACGUAGAAUUCAACUACCGGUAAAAUGGAAAGCAUUCGAUUAUCUGCUAGCUACUACGUUUGAUACAACGUAAAAUUUCCAAAUUUUGUUUCCCCAAUUCUUAAAAGACUGCAAAUAGUUUUUAGAAAUCAUAGAAAUAUGUUGCUUGAUAAAUCGCACAGCCAUGCAAAAUCGCCGAUUCGUAAAUGAAUCAAACGACAUAAAAACGGACAAAUAUUACGACAUUCGCCGGCGAUAACUAUGGUAAGCUGCAACUGUUUAUGUAUAGGAAACUCCUCGACCUUUGAACUAAAUCUGUUUGAAACCUGUAAGCUCAAGGCUCGAUGUCAAAUUCGUACGGUUUUUCGAAAGCUCACUCAUUGGCAAGCCGUCGAGAAAUUCUAUUUUAUUGUCAGAGACUGAAUUAGACAACAGCUUCGCCAUUUUGAUUUCUGUGUAUUUUCACAUAGAGAGUUCACGCGAUACUUCUUCUAUGACAUUCUGUUUGACGUUGCCAAGUUCACGUUGAUACUACGUGAUAAAACAUAGUAUGCAUGUAAUUUUCACGUAGAUGUUAUGUUUGUCACAUAAAUCAUGCAAAAUGACAGAAAAUGAAUAAGUACAGGAAAUUUCACAUAACAAUAAUGUGAAAAAUAUUUUGAGUGUAUGGAAACUUUAAAAAUCGGGCGCAAAUCGGGCGUUUCACCGAUCGAUCUGAAAAGUUACACAGUUGUUAUGGGACCCAUAAGGAACAUGAAAAGUGCAUGGGAGCUAACAAUUAUUUUUUGUCCCACCCUACUGUCCAUCGAUCGCGUUAGUUUCGAAACUGAUCGGCUCCGGUUCUUCUGUCUCUCCGCUUCUAUACAGUUCUGGUUUGGCACCACUCUCUGUGGCUCCAGCUGCAUCUUGCUUUUCGUCGAAUACCACGUCUCUUGCAAUCGUAAUCUGGCGCUUUCGUGGAUCCCAGACUCGAUAACCAUUUGCAGUUUAACCAACCAUGAUGUUCUUUUCUGACUUUGAGUCCAGUUUCCUUCGUUUUUCUUCUGGCACCCAAGUGUAUGCCGCACAACCGAAGACUCGCAUUUUACCGAUGUUGGGUUUUCUACCAUACCAUACUUCAUACGGUGUCUUCUUUUCAUUUAGCGCCGAUGUUGGACUCCGGUUGCUCACGUAUGCAGCGGUCAGUAUGGCUUCACCCAACAUAGAUUUGCUCAGAACUGCAUCGUGCACCAUUGAUCGCGACUUUUCCAAUAACGUGCGGUUCAUUCGUUCCGCUACUCCAUUCUGCUGCGGGCUGUACGGGACGGUUGCUUCCACGCUGAUUCCCUGGGUACAGCAGAAUUUACGAAACAUUUUACUAGUAUACUCGCCUUCGUUGUCACACCUCAGCCGGGACACUCGAGUACCAAAGAACGCCGUCACACGAGCACAAUACUCCUCAAACUUAGAUUGUACCUCGUCCUUCGACUCUAGAAGGUAGACAACCGUAAAAUGGCUGUAGUCAUCUAUGAACGUGACGAAGAAACGCUUAUUGUCUCACGUUUUUGGCGUAAACGGACCACACACGUCUGAAUGGAUGAUUUCCAGAGGGCGAGACGCACGCCGCCCUUCAACAUUAUCGAAUGGUUGUCUGGUUUGCUUACCUUGCAAACACACUACACAGAUACAUUGCUCAAGCCAAUCGGAGAUUUUCGUCGUUGUUUCUACCAUUCCAUGCUUCCAUAGAGUCUUCAUACUCGCUGUUUCCAAAUGGCCCAAUCUACGAUGCCACAAAUCUAUAGCGUCCUUCUUUGUAGCCAUCGCACCUGCCUCACACAAAUUAUCAGUCACUGAAUCAGAUACAUCACGCAGCUCGAUGUCCAACAUGUACAGUUGUCCGACUCGCCGGCCUGUUGCAACAACACAAUCGUUUUUCAUUAUCGUUGCCUUGCCGUUGGCGAACUUCACCGUCAUUCCGUUUUCUUCAAUACGUCGCACUGAGAAUAGGCUACACUCCAACUGUGGUACCUACAAGACAUUCUCAACGACUGCCGGAGCUCUCAUUUUCCCGAUCAGCAUAUUCACCUCCACAGUUUCUGCAUACUCGGCAACUAGGGCUUCACCAGAUUUUGCCACCGCAAUACACACCUUUCUGUCCAACGGUUGCAUUUCGUUGAAGAAUGCCUUAUUUCCCAUCAUAUGGUCCGUCGCACCUGACUCAAGAAUCCAAUCAACUGUUUUCUUCGACAUCAUAGCAACGGAUGAACCCUCGAAGAUCGUUUUAGCAACAAACGUCAUUUCCUCGGCAACGUUCGCUCCAAAUUUUUGUUUACGAAAUUUUCCUUUGCCCUUCUGGUUUCGAACCAUUCCGAAUUCUUCAGUAAAGCGAGUUUGGACAUAAAAGAGCCGAGUGUCCGGGCUCUUUUAUGUCCAAACUUUUUACAGCCGUAGCACUGAAUUCCCAUUUUCUUACUAGCAAACGCCGAUUCUCCAGAACAUUCCGCAUUACCAGUAGGACUUGAAUUGGCACGCUUCAUCUGCUCGUCCAGGAGUCGCUUCUCCACAUAUGGCUGUAUCGUCUCGAGGGCUGUAAUGAGCGCUUCGUAGGAUUUUGGUAGUGCUAGCAGGAGUUGACACACCACAUCUUCUUCCUGCAUGUUCACUUCUGCCGCCCUUAGCUCUCGCAGAAUCUUCUCGAAACGAAGUAAGAAUGCUUUCACUUCUCUACCUUCUACCAGCUUCAGCUCUUGGAACUGCUUUUUCAAAAUUAACUUGCCUGCGAUUCCAACGCGCUCGAAAGCAUUCCUUAAAGCGUCCCAAACAUCUUUGGUCUUCUUUUUGUUUUUUAAAUACUCUAGCCGGUCUUCAGAAAUCCGGUGAAUCAGGAGGUUCUUGCAUUUUCUGUCCAAGGCCAAUCGUUCUUCGAGUUGCUUUUUUUUUCUGGGCGAUCAUUACCUCGGUAUCGGUCGCCAGUUCCAUCGCAUACUCUUCCUCGUCGAUUGCCUUCGUCAAACAGUUAAGCAGGUUCCGGUCUUCCAUGAGAACUUCAAUCCAGAACUUCCAAUUGCCGAAAUUACUGCCGUCGAACAGCCAGAGCUUCUCCUCAGACAUUUUUGAAAUCUUAAGCGAUCUUCAAAUUAAAACUUAUCUUCCUAACGUGCUGGGCUCAUAACCUAUUAAAUAUAGACACAGUGAAAUGGAAAACACGUCUAGCUUUGUUAAGGUUUGAAGUGGAAUGAAGAAUAUUUUAUUUUACACAUUAACUAGGAUUGCUUAGACUUGUUAGUUUAGGUUUCCAUACAGCAUUGGUCGGUUGCUAUCCAACAACAACGCCUCAGGGUCGGCUAGCGCUCUAGGGUGUUGGUCAACUAAACACUUGAACUUCGUCUUUAACAGCUCUUUUUAUUGGUCUGUUAUUGUUCGCAUUCGGGGCCCCUUCUUCCACGUUCACAGUUUCCUUCCUUGUUUCACCGACGCUCAGUAACCGUUGCCACUCUUCUUUCCGUUAUCAAGGUAUGUCGGGAUGCUCCGUGCUACAGACGAAGUAAUUUACCAGGUUAUAGGGCUGUAGACAAACAGUGGGGCGUGUUAGGCUAACACAGACAAAGCCUGCAUUGAUGCUGCUUUAGAACCGGACAUUUUAUAUCAUCGUACUAAAAAUAUAAUAUUCUCUUCUUGAUAAAAUGGUAUUUUGUGGCAAAAAUGAAGCACAUGAAGUCUCAAAAAGAAAAUCAUGACCACGUGUUGCGCUUCUUCGCUUAUCCUUGUGUGAGCGAAAUGGAGCAAAUCAUUCAAAUAAAGGUAGAAGAGCUUAUAAUAUUCGACACUUUGCCGGCGGAAGAGGAAACUCCACUCGCUAGCAGCGAUCGGUGCUCCGGCGGAACGACUGUAACGAACGCACAGAGGGAUGGUUCAGCUGGUGUGAUACAAGAACAUGAAGUUGGCAAACAGAACUGCGAGGACCACAGAAGUCAAACACGAAAACGUCGAUUUGCCUGUAAUAUCUGUUGUGAAAAAUUCAGCACAGCUAAACGUUUGCAGUACCACAAAAGCACUCGACAUGAAGAAAACCGGUACUUCCAGUGUGACAUAUGCAAACGAAGUUUUUUCCAGAAGUCAUAUCUAUCGGUUCACAUGAAUUUACACCGCACGGAUAGUCCAUAUGAGUGCUUGAUUUGCAACAGAAAAUUUACAAGCGAAUGGGUUCUCGCACAGCAUAUGCCCAAACAUAGCGAUGAGCGACCCUUCAAAUGCGACCUCUGUGACGCGUCAUUCAAGAGAACUGGAUCUUUGAAUGCUCAUAGACACAUGCUCCACAAGGUCGGUCCCUCCCAAAGUAACUCGGACGGUUUGAAAAUUAUUAGCGAUACCGAUGUUGGUGAUCAUCCACGGAAAAAAUACAUUUGUGACAUCUGCAACAAGGAGUAUAGCACAAAAUACCGACUAAAGGAUCAUAGAAGAAUCCACACCGGGGAACAACCUUUUGCGUGCGAUAUCUGCAGCGAAACAUUCAGCACAAUUGACCGUUUCAGAUACCAUAAGAGUGGUCACACGGAAGACCGGAACUUCCAGUGUGACGUAUGCGAUAAAAGCUUCCCAACUAAACCUCGUCUCGUAGAUCAUAUGCGCAAUCACAGCGAUGAGCGACCUUUCAAAUGUGGAAUCUGCGGCACACUUUGGAAAAGACUCAAGACUUUAAAUACUCAUUUGCGAAAUGUCCACAGAGUCGAUACCUCUCAACUCAACUCCAACAAUCAUCUCCAGGAAAAGUACGUUUGUGUGCUCUGUAACAAGGAGUACAACGCAAAAGGGUUCUCGAACCAUAUGAAAAUUCACUCCGGGAAAACGUUCCCAUGUGAUGUUUGUAACAAAUCAUUUAGCACACCUCAACGGCUGCUGCACCAUGGGGGUACUCAUACUAGGGACCAGAGGUUCCUGUGUGACAUAUGUGAGCAGUUGUUUUUACGGAAAUCACAUCUUUCGUCGCACAUGAAAAAACACCGCUCAGAUUGCCCUCUUAAGUGCCUCAUUUGCGAUGAAAGAUUCACAGAUGCCUUUCAUCUCGAAAACCAUAUGGUCCGUCACAGCGAUGAGCGCCCCUUUAAAUGCGACAUCUGUGACAAAUCAUACAAAAGAGAUAAAGCUUUACAGCGUCAUAUUUGCAAAAUCCACGAUUCUUACCCUAGUUUUUCUUCUUUCAAUUGCAGUAAAUUGGAAAAACCAAAGAACAUCACCAGAAGACAACAUUUAGAAUGUGAUAUCUGCAACGAAAAAUUCCACUCGAGUACAAGUUUACAUUACCAUAUGAGGGCCCAUACAGGAGUCCCGAAUUUUCAGUGUGACAUAUGCGAACGACGUUUUUCCCUGAAGCCACAGCUGCGGUCCCACAUGAAAGUACACCUUCCCGACUGCCCACAUACGUGCCAGAUUUGCGAUAGAAAAUUCUCAAAUAAUCAUCGUCUCGAAGAUCAUAUGCUGAGCCACACCGAUGAGCGACCCUUCAAAUGUGACAUCUGUGACAGUUCAUUCAAGAGGUCUAAACAUGUGAUGCGUCAUAUGAAGAAGGUCCACAGUGUUGAUCUCUCUCCGAGCAACGCGGAAAGUUUGACGCCAAACCAGAGCCUAAGCAAUAAUUCAGCAGUAUACAGCUGCAACAUAUGCGGCAAACAGUACAAACAAAAAUGCUCACUUCGCAUACAUAUGGAUCUUCAUGAGACUACUGUUGUGAGAUAUUAGAUUGUUAGAUGGUCAAACAAGGACGGAAAAAUAUCGAUUUACCGUUCUAAAUUCACUUUGUGGACAAGCUCCCUGAACUGUCUAAAAUAAGGUCAGGUCAGUCCUCGUAAUGUUCCAAUAUCGACCAUUCUCGAUGCGGAUGAACCGUACUACACAAAUUUUUGCCGUAGCAGCAUGCUUUUCCACAUCCUGUUAUAUUUCACUCCCAACUCACAUCCGGCAGUCCUUCCUACUCGAGCUCUGCUAAGAUUCCAACAUUGUAUGUAUUAUCAAAGUCGGGAGCGAGCGGCUGUGUAGUGCAAUUCGCCAGAGGAACAACUACCUACGGAAUGGAUGAAAGGACUCAUAUGCCCUAUCUACAAGAAGGGACAUAGAUUCGACUGUAGUAAUUAUCGAGGCAUAACCCUCCUCAAUUCCGCUUACAAAAUUCCUUCCCGUAUCCUCUUCCAGCGACUGAGGCCGUUGCAGGAAGUCUUUGUUGGAGAACACCAAUGCGGUUUUCGAGUGAGGCGAUCUACAAUGGACCAGAUGUUUACCUUGAAACUCGGGUGGUCGGUAUUACCGACUUUUCGAAAAACCGGUAUUUCGGUUUUUAGAAAAAUAAAAACCGGUAAAACCGGUAAAACCGGUAUUUUUAUUUUUUCCGGGUUACUACAAA